AGAAAGCGCGCUAGUCCUUAUUCCGCCUAGUCUCCGCACACAUCAGGAUCCCCCAGCUUCCAGUUCGCAGUCCACUCUGAAAUGUGAUUCACAAUGGACAACCAACAUGGAAAUCUACAAGCAACUCCACCUGAAGGCCAGAGGAAGUUCUUCAUCCAAAUGUCGGGCGCGCCAGGCUCUGGCAAGAGCACCAUGGCAAACCUACUGCGACAACCUCUUGGGGCGGUGGUAAUCGAUCACGACAUCGUCAAAUCAACGCUCCUUGCCGACGACGUUUCGUUCAACCAGGCUGCGAGAUUGGCGUAUAACCUUGGCUGGGCGCUUGCUGGGUCCAUGAUGAGGCAAGGACUCAAUGUCAUCGUCGACAGUGUUUGCAAUUACCAUGAGACACUGGCUCAGGGAUCCAAGCUGGCCGAGCUCUACGGGUUCGAGUAUUGGUACAUCGAAUGUCGAGUCGAUGAUAUGGACCUGCUAGAUGAGAGGCUGCGCAAGAGGAUCCCGCUGAGAAGCCAGCGGACAGGCGUCGCCCGGCCGCCGGUGGAUGUUUCUAUCUCUCAAGCUCAAGGAGGUGAAGACCCCCGUGCUCUGUUUCGGAGGUUCAUCGAGAACCCGUGCCGGCCAGGAGAAGGGGAGAGGGCGAGCGUUGUUGUCGUCGACUCGGCUGAGAGUCCCGAGGGCGGGCGAGACUACAUCCUGGAGCGAAUGUCUCUUGGGUAACUAGAACGACGACGUCGAACUCCUGUGUACCAAACGAGAUUGCCUGCUCAGACCACUGCAAAGCGCGUCGUUCAAAAGCCACUCGCCCCAAAACUUUUUGAUCCUGGCAGCGCUGGCAGAAUCAAACCUUCCGCUUUUCCCAGUUG